AUGGAGCCCCGCAAAACCCCUCCAGAGUACUUUCUGGAGAUCUUCGCCGACACCUCCACAGUGCGCGAUGUACUGAAAGGCGUGCUCAACCUCAUCUUCUUCCACCGCUACUUCCCCUCAAUUCGCCCGGUGACCUUCGAUGUGCUCGACCUGACUCUUCCGGCCAUUAACGACGCCGACCUAGAAACCUUGAUCGAGUCUCGAGUGAACGCCCUCGUCCGUCAGCACCUCACCUCCGCGGCUGGCGCACAAGACGGCACAGUUGGCGGAGGUGGCGGCGUGCGUGGCCGCAUCGCAGUCGAAUUCUACGAGAAAAAGCGGCGCCGGACAGGGCUGUGGUUCGGCGGGCUGGCCGGAAAAGGCGAGGAAGAGGUAUGCUGGGAGAUUUGGACGCUAGAUGUGACGAUUGCCACGCCCCGCACCGAGUCCGAACGAGCCAAAGUCCGCAAAGCCAUGGCGAACAUGCUCCAGAAGGCGGCGUUGAAAAUCAUGAACGUCGUCAACCGCGAUAAGGACCACAUUCCGCCCAUUACAACGAGCGAAUCUAACCCCUUUCCCUACCGAAUUGUGGUCAAUCCCCGAGCCGAUGGCUGGGGAAAUCGCAUGGGAUUAUAUUGA